UAUCCUUUUGGGGAUUGAACAUUAGAUCAGAGUUGAUUAGCAGAGUCCAGAAACUGGAAGGUUUCUGUAUGUUCUACAAAGACAUACUUAUAUCAGACUGGAGAACCUCCACUUUCAACAUAUGAGUGGAUAAACAUCAAAGAACAGAUCCAUUCCUCUUCCCUGUGUCAUCUUAUUUCUAAUAUAAAUCAUGGGGGAUGAAGACAAAGUAACUGAACGUGAAGAUUUGGAACCAUCCACAGGAAUGGAUCAUGCAGCUUCUACAUAUCAAGAAACACAGGAGGGAACAGUUAUGAGCUCCAAAGCAACAGAUGCCAAAGAACCAACAGAAGGAAGUAACCUCCUGAAUAGCAGUGAAAAAAAGCUACAAAAAAUACCAACUGAAUCAAAUAAUUUGCAAAGACUGAGACGAGCAUUUUCUUGUCCUCCACAUGGUUAUUUGGAUAGAGGAAUAACAAAUGUUACCAUGGUGGUUCUUCUCUGGGCUGUAGUUUGGUCAAUUACUGGCAGUGAAUGUCUUCCUGGAGGAAACCUAUUUGGAAUUAUAAUCCUAUUCUAUUGUGCCAUCAUUGGAGGUAAACUUUUGGGGCUCAUUAAGUUACCUACAUUGCCUCCAUUGCCUCAUCUUCUAGGUAUGCUGCUUGCUGGGUUUCUUCUCAAAAAUAUCCCUGUCAUUAGUGAUAAUGUACAGAUCAAGCACAAGUGGUCUUCCGCUUUGAGAAGCAUGGCCCUGUCUGUCAUAUUGGUCCGCGCUGGUCUUGGGCUUGAUUCAAAGGCCCUGAAGAAGUUGAAGGGUGUUUGUGUAAGAUUAUCCAUGGGUCCUUGUCUGGUGGAGGCAUGCACAUCUGCUCUUCUUGCUCACUUCCUAAUGGGUUUACCAUGGCAAUGGGGAUUUAUGCUGGGUUUUGUUUUAGGUGCUGUAUCUCCAGCUGUCGUGGUACCCUCAAUGCUCCUUUUGCAGGAAGGAGGCUAUGGGGUUGAAAAAGGCAUCCCGACCUUACUCAUGGCUGCUGGCAGCUUCGAUGACAUUCUGGCUAUCACUGGCUUCAACACAUGCUUGGGCAUGGCCUUUUCCACAGGCUCCACAGUUUUUAACGUUCUCAGAGGAAUCUUAGAAGUGGUAAUUGGUAUGGCAGCUGGAUCUCUUCUUGGAUUUUUUAUUCAGUACUUUCCAAGCAGUGACCAGGACAAACUUGUGUGGAAGAGAGCAUUCCUUGUUUUGGGGCUGUCCGUGCUAGCUGUGUUCAGCAGCGUGUAUUUUGGUUUCCCUGGGUCAGGAGGACUGUGCACGUUGGUCUUGUCCUUCCUUGCAGGCUUGAAAUGGGCCGGUGAAAAGGCAGAGGUUGAAAAAAUUAUUGCAGGUGCCUGGUAUAUCUUCCAGCCCCUUCUCUUUGGACUGAUUGGAGCAGAAGUAUCUAUUGCAUCUCUCAGACCAGAAACUGUAGGCCUUUGUGUUGCCAUCCUGGGCAUUGCAGUAUUGAUACGAAUUUUGGCUACAUUUCUGAUGGUGUGUUUUGCUGGUUUUAAUAUCAAGGAAAAGAUAUUUAUUUCUUUUGCAUGGCUUCCAAAGGCCACAGUCCAGGCUGCCAUAGGAUCUGUGGCUUUGGACACAGCAAGAUCACAUGGAGAGAAACAGUUAGAAGAAUACGGGAUGGAUGUGUUGACAGUGGCGUUUUUGUCCAUCCUCAUCACAGCUCCAAUUGGAAGUCUCCUCAUUGGUUUGCUGGGUCCCAGGCUUCUCCAGAAAGCUGAACAUCAAAAUAAAGAUGAAGAAGUUCAGGAAGAGACCUCUAUACAAGUUUAGAGGUGAAAAGAGACAAUGCUGAAUAUAAUGAUUAGAAAGCUUUUACCAACUAGCAGAGGCUAUGUUAUCUAGAUCCAUAUUGAGAUAUGUGAUGUUCAAACUUUAAAUGUAAUAGAACCAAAAGUGUGGCUAUGUCUUGAAAGAGCAUUUUCAACCAUUAUCCUUUUCAUGUGGGUGUGUAAUAUUCUACAUCUCCAACCUGAUUUCUCGACCUUUUUUUUUUUCAAAUACUUUGUCAUUAUGUAUCUUAAAUUUUUCGGUAAAAUGUACUACCACAAUUUAAAAUUAACAUGGAAAAGAUCAAAUUCAGCAUCCUGUUCUACUAGCCAACAGUUUGUUCUAACAUACUGCUACGGUCAUAGUUUCAUGAUUCAUGGUCACCUGACCACUCAUGCUUUGAAAUGUUUUGGGCUCCUCUUUUCUUUUUUAUUUUUAAAUAUCAUAAUGCAAUUCCUCAUCAGUUUCUAUCUGCACUUUCUGUGCCAAUCUGCCUCUUCUCCAUUUCUACCUCUCUUGCUACCUUUCUGUGAAUUAUUGUAACUGAUUGGUCCCACCAAAAUUCUCAAGUAUGCUAAGUAUCUUCAUUGGUUCUUCCUCUUGGACCUAUCUAGAUUAUCAAAAGACCUCCACCUCUCUCCUAGGUGGCAAAACAGAGUCUCCCAUUUUAGCAGCCCAUCUGAGUUUGCCUUCCUCUAAGGAGGGCCCUGAUUCAGCCCUUUCUUAUUUGUUUCUUGUGACCCACGUCUUCAGGCUCUUCCUCUUCUCUAGGUGAGAGAUAGCUAAUUUUCAAAUCAAUGCCAAUCUCAUGAACAUAAUAUUAAUUAGAGUAAGGUAAGCUGCUAUAAUGAAGAAACAAAAAAAUAAAGUAUUUGAAAGAAAAUGGAAA